AUGCCUACAUUACAAAAAAAACUUCCAUCACUUGUGUUAAAAGAAGUCUUUAAGAUUUUAGCAAAUGAUAUUAAAACACUUUAUUCUUGCACACAAGUAAAUUCCGAAUGGUUUUGUGAAGCAUCUCCAUUAUUGUGGCGUGAUCCUUUUUCAAAUAAAUCAAAGACACACUUUGCUAUAGGAACUUACAUACAAGAAAUGUUUCUUCAAAAAAAGCAAAUUAUCAAAAAAAAUUUUAACAUUUCAAGAUUCAAAUCUAAUUUAUUAUUACCAUACUCUUCAUUUUUACGAUCUAUUAAUAUAAAUAAUUUCAUGGAUGCUAUGAUCAACUUUUGGCAAAAUUUCCAUAAAUAUUCUCAAGAUUCACCUGUUAUUAAACUUCUUUCACUUUGCAAUUCAAGUUUAAGAACCCUAAAAAUCAUAGGUCCACGUUGUAAAGAUAAAAUUAAGAAAAUUUUUGAAAUAGCUUUUGAAAGUUGCCCAAAUAUUGUGGAUUUUUCACUUGGAUUAAUUUCAUGUAAUCUGGAUUAUUUAGAGAUUUCUUGGGUUUCAAGCUUGCAAUACUUGAUACUGUAUCAAAAUCACUUUGUUGUUAAUUUAAAAAAUAUGAAAUUAGGAGAUUAUUUAGAAAAACUAGCAAAAUUAUUGCCUAAGUAUAUAAAAGAAGUUAAAAUGUGGAUGAUUUUGCAAUCAGGUUAUGAGAGUGAAGUAACUUUAGAUGACUUAAGUAAAUUCUUUAGUAAUAUUAAUACCAGAAACUCAUUUGUCCUUUUAGAAAUUCUUAUUCCUUAUAAUGCGCAGGUGCUUUCUAAGAGUAUUCAAUUUGAUGAAUUUGGAAAACAAGAAGAAAUCGGAA